GGACGCGGGAGCGGGCGGAGCCGAGCGGGGCAGCAGCGGAGCGCAGCCAUGAGCCGCCGCGUGGUGCGUCAGAGCAAGUUCCGCCACGUCUUUGGGCAGCCGGUGAAGGCCGACCAGAUGUAUGAGGACAUCCGUGUCUCCAAGGUGACGUGGGACAGCUCCUUCUGCGCCGUCAACCCCAAAUUCCUGGCCAUCAUUGUGGAGUCGGGUGGCGGGGGGGCCUUCAUGGUCCUGCCCCUGUCCAAGACAGGCCGUGUGGACAAGAACCACCCGCUGGUGACGGGGCACACGGCGCCCGUGCUGGACAUCGACUGGUGCCCUCACAACGACAACGUCAUCGCCAGCGCCUCCGAGGACACCACCGUUAUGGUGUGGCAGAUCCCAGACUACAUCCCCGUGCGCAGCAUCACGGAGCCGGUGGUGACGCUGGAGGGGCACUCCAAGCGCGUGGGCAUCAUCUGCUGGCACCCCACAGCCCGCAACGUGCUGCUGAGCGCAGGCUGUGACAACCUGGUUAUCCUCUGGAAUGUGGGCACGGGGGAGAUGCUGCUGGCUCUGGAGGACAUGCACACCGACCUCAUCUACAACGUGGGCUGGAACCGCAACGGCAGCCUCCUGGUCACCACCUGCAAGGACAAGAAGGUGCGCGUCAUCGACCCGCGCAAGCAGACGGUGGUGGCGGAGAUAACCAAACCGCACGACGGCGCCCGGCCCAUCCGCGCCAUCUUCAUGGCCGAUGGCAAGAUCUUCACCACCGGCUUCAGCAAGAUGAGUGAGCGGCAGCUGGGCCUCUGGGACCUGGAGAGGUUCGCUCCCCACGAGGGGCUGAGGCCCGUGCGGGCCAUCUUCACGCGGGAAGGACACAUCUUUACCACGGGCUUUACCAGGAUGAGCCAACGGGAGCUGGGGCUGUGGGACCCGGUAACGAGGCCGCAUGGAGUGAUGCUCCCGGGAACUCGGCUUCCCAAACCCAAAUCCAUUCUUCCCCGUGUUUCCCCGUGUGCUGUGCCCGUGUGCCGUGCAGUGCCUGGGUGUGAGGUUGGGGGCCGGCAGAAGUUGGCUAGGUUCAACGCCCGGGAGUUUGCCACUCUGCUCAUCGAUAUUCUGGGGGAAGCCAAGCGCCGGCAGCAGGGCAAGAGCCCACUCAGCCCCACGGAGGCCCUCGACUAUUCACUGAGGAGCCAGAGCGACCUGGACGACCAGCACGACUACGACAGCGUCGCCUCCGACGAGGACACAGACCAGGAGCUGCUGCGCAACGCGUCUCGCAACAACCGUGCACGGAGCAUGGACUCCUCUGACCUGUCAGAUGGCCCCAUCACACUGCAGGAGUACCUGGAGGUGAAGAAAGCCCUGGCUGCCUCCGAGGCCAAAGUGCAGCAGCUGAUGAAGGUGAACAACAGCCUGAGCGAUGAGCUGCGCCGGCUGCAGCGUGAGAUCCACAAGCUGCAAUCAGAGAACACGCAGAUCCGGCAGCAGGCGGUGCCCCCGCACCCCACCCCAGCCCCCAGCGAGCGCCCUGAGCACGGGCACCCCCCCGGCACGGCCCCCCUGCACCGCCGUGACCGCCAGGCCUUCUCCAUGUACGAGCCGGGCUCGGUGCUGAAACCCUUUGGGCAGCCAGUGGAGGAGCUGGUGACCCGGCUGCAGCCCUUUGGAGGCGGCGAGGUGGAGGAUGAAGCUCUGUACUCCAUGCACAUCCCGGCCAGCGUGUACCGGAUGCGGAAAGGUCCGUCGGUCUCCUCCAUACCCUUUCCCCCAUCCUCCCCGCUGCUCUCCUGCCCUCCCGACGGUGCCCGGCACAUGAGCAAACUGGACCGGCACGGCAGCGGCACCGACAGCGACUAUGAUAAUACACAGACAGGCGAGAUCCUGCUGGGUGUGGAGGGGAAGCGCUUCGUGGAGCUGAGCAAGGACGAGGACUUCCCACACGAGCUGGACCCGCUGGACGGGGAGCUGGACCCCGGGCUGCCCAGCACAGAGGACGUCAUCCUGAAAACCGAGCAGGUCACCAAAAACAUCCAGGAGCUGCUGCGGGCUGCGCAGGAGUCCAAGCACGACAGCUUCGUGCCGUGCUCAGAGAAGAUCCACUCGGCAGUGACGGAGAUGGCGUCGCUCUUCCCCAAGAAACCGGCGCUGGAGACGGUGCGGAGCUCCCUGCGCCUGCUCAACGCCAGCGCCUACCGGCUGCAGAGCGAGUGCCGCAAAACCGUGCCGCCGGAGCCGGGCGCAGCCGUGGACUACCAGCUGCUGACACAGCAGGUCAUCCAGUGCGCCUACGACAUCGCCAAGGCGGCCAAGCAGCUGGUCACCAUCACCACCCGCGAGAAGAAGCAGUGAGCUCCAACCCACGGCCUCUGCUCUCCGUCUCCUCCCUCUGGUUUGGGCUGAGUGCAGGCGGCUGUUGCAGCAGAGCUGGUGCUCGGCCCUGGGGAGGUGCCCCCGUACAGCAGCCCCAGCCCGCUCCUAACUUAUCCUGUACAUAGCGUGUGCCAUCCUCCUGGGUGGCCACGUUUUCCCCCCCCCUCCCCGCGGCCGCGCUCCCCCAGGGCCGCCCGCAGCAUUACACUGGACAGGGGAUGCCUGGAGGCCUUCCCCAUUUUCUCCCCUCCCGGGCGUCCUGCCCCGCGCCGCGCUGCCUCGUGUAAGAUGUGUCCUUGUACAUUUGUAUCAAUAAAGAUGUGAGCGUUGCACGGCC